AUGUCAACUUGGAGCCGGUGGGCAUGGGCGCCUUUGGUUUGGUCUGACCAGCUCACGUCGAGCCCGGUUGCAAUCAAGAAAAUCAUGAAGCCUUUCUCUACUCCGGUCCUCAGCAAGCGCACUUAUCGCGAGUUGAAGCUCCUGAAGCAUAUCAGGCACGAGAACAUCAUUAGCCUCUCAGAUAUCUUUAUCAGCCCUUCAGAGGACAUAUACUUUGUUACUGAGCUGCUUGGCACUGAUCUCCACCGUCUCCUCACCGCGAGACCUCUCGAGAAGCAAUUCAUCCAGUACUUCCUAUACCAAAUCCUUCGAGGCCUCAAGUAUGUUCAUUCGGCGGGCGUCGUCCACCGCGAUCUGAAGCCAUCGAACAUACUUGUCAACGAGAACUGCGAUUUGAAGAUCUGCGACUUUGGUCUAGCCCGCAUUCAGGAUCCUCAGAUGACUGGUUACGUCUCUACACGCUAUUAUCGCGCACCUGAGAUCAUGCUCACGUGGCAGAAGUACGAUGUUGCUGUCGACAUCUGGUCUACCGGCUGCAUCUUCGCUGAGAUGCUUGAAGGAAAGCCCCUGUUUCCUGGUAAAGACCACGUCAACCAGUUUUCCAUCAUCACGGAGUUGUUGGGCACUCCACCUGACGACGUCAUCCAGACUAUUUGCUCGGAGAAUACACUCCGAUUCGUUCAAAGCUUGCCUAAAAAGCCUAGGAUUCCAUUCAAUGAAAAAUUUAAGACAAACGACCCACUAGCGCUCGAUUUGGUGGAAAAGAUGCUCUCGUUCGAUCCACGAACUAGGAUCACUGCUUCACAAGCACUGGCUCAUCCUUAUUUGGCACCAUACCACGAUCCCAAUGAUGAGCCUGUCGCUGCUGAGCAGUUUGACUGGAGCUUCAACGAUGCUGAUCUGCCAAUCGAUACCUGGAAAGUAAUGAUGUACUCUGAAAUCCUUGACUUCCAUCACAUCUCCCAGGAUGGUGAUCAAUUCCUCAACGCCAACGGACCUGGAACAGAACAGGCGAGUGAUUCGUCCUUCACCGUUUAA